CUUGGUGUUCUCCAGGAAGAUGGCGAAAGGCAGCAUCUCCCUGCGCUCCCUGAACGAGACACUGAGCAGAGUGGAGAGCAGGCUGCUGUGGCUGGAGGCUCGGUUCGCCCAGCUGGACUCCAGCCUGCAGAGCCUGGAGCAAGACUUCGAGCGGCAGGCCGAGAUGCUGCAGCACGACCUGAGGCGGGACGUGCCGUGGGCACCUGCGGCCAGCAGGCCCGGCGGAGGAGGCGGAAAAGGAGAAGGAGGAGACAGAAGAAGAGGAGGAGGAGAAGGAAGGAGAGGAGAAGGAGGAGAAAAAGGAGGAGGAGGCGGAGCCCUCAGCCGGGCGGCGGGAACGGCCCCUCAGUGAGGGCGGGGCGCAGCCGCCAUUGCGGGCGCCGCGGCCUCUGCCGGCUCCGGAGCGUAUUGCUGUGCCCAGUGGAAAAAUCGUGUGAGGAGACAGAUGACCCCCACAGUUUCAAGUCAUACAAGAAGGCGCUGAUGUUAUCCUAGUGUUGUUCCUCUACUUCAAGUCAGCAUGUCGAAGAAAUCCAAUGCCCCGCUCUCCUUGUCCGACUGCCUGUGCCAAAUUUGCAUGGAGAUCUUUGUGGAGCCUGUCACGCUGCCCUGCAGCCAUACCCUCUGCAAUUACUGCUUCCAGAUGACGGUGGAAAAGGCCAGUCUUUGCUGCCCCUUCUGUAGGCGUCGGGUCUCCUCCUGGGCACGGUACAAUACCCGCAGGAAUACUCUUGUCAACUGGGAGCUCUGGGAGAAGAUUCAGAAGAGCUACCCGGAGGAAUGCGAGCGGAGGAUUAACGGACAGGAUUUGGAUGAGGAAAUCUGUCCCCCCAAGCCUCGGCACCAGCUCAGCAAGCCUGGGGAGCUGAGGCAGGAAUAUGAAGCAGAGAUUAGUAAGGUGGAGGCAGAGAGGCGAGCGCACGAGCAGGAGGAGAACAAGGCGAGUGAGGAGUACAUCCAGCGGCUGCUGGCAGAGGAGGAGGAGGAGCACAGGCUGGCAGAAGAGAGAAGGAAGGAGAUGGAGAAGCAGCUGAAGCAAGAUGAAGAGCUGGCCUGGCAGCUCAGUAACAGUCUGAACGAGGAUCCCGAGGGACACGUGCCUGGCAGCCCAUCACCAGCACACAGCUUCUCCCUUCAGACAUCCCCACUGAACCUGAGCAAGGCAAAGAACAAACCAAGCAACUCUGGAGACAUUCAGAAGUAUCUAUCUCCAAAGAAUUAUGGCAUGUUGGGCUCAGCAUCGUUCUCUAGUACCACAGGAAGAGGCAGGAACAACUCCAUCUCUGUGGAGACCAACAGCAAUGAAGGCAGCAGUUCUGCACUGCAGGAUGAGCAAGAGGAAAUGCCAACCCUGUCUCCACAGCUAACCAAUGUAAAUAAAGAAUCUGCUGCUAAGGAUUCAUUUUUGGAAUCGUGCAUGAACUAUUUCAGUGCCUCAGCUUCAGGUGAAACUACUACUGUCAAGCAGGAAGAAACACCAGGACCAAAUGGUUUAGAAGAUGGAAUUCCAGGUGCACUUCAUGGAAGCACAGAAGGGGAAGGCUCUAGGACAGUGGUUCUUAGAUCCAAAGGAGAAGAUGGUGGAAUUGAGUCAGACCAUGGCAGUUUAACACAUGUCCAAAGGGCAAACCUUGAAAAUUCUGAUGACACUUGUACCUCUGGUCAGUUAGGAGUGCACUGUGGGAUGUCUGACAGCCAGACUGCAUUGCGAGAUCUGGGGAAAGAGCCAGGACAUGCAGAUGAACACACACCAGAGAGGCCAAAGAGCUCUAAGGAGACUCCCAAAAGGAAGUUGCUGGAGGCCCCAGCUGAUGCCAUGAUUGACUUGGGCAUGUUUGAUAAGAGGAGAAGAACCUCUUCAGAAAGUGUAGAAGACCAAGGAGAGCAGAUGAGCGAGUUUAACUUGCAGACACAACGAGCCUUCGAGCAGGAGUUCUAUGAGAGGCGCAGGCAGGAGGAGCAGGACAGGCUGCUGGCUCUGCAGCUGCAGAAGGAGCUGGACAAGGAGGAGAGGACACUCAACAGGCAGAAGGGCUCUCCAGACGAGUACCUGCUCCGCACCAAACCACCUCGCUCUCUGAAAGACUCCUCUGCCAGGAAGGCAACUUCCAAGGUGGCUAAAGACUCCAAGGGAUCAAAAACACAGGCUGAAACCAAUCACCACAAGACUAGGAAAGGUUCCUGCAAUGAAAACUGGCAGUCCCCUGCCAAGGUCCGGGUGAAAUCCCCCAGCAUCAAGGAAGGAAAGGUUUUGAAUUGCGUGGUUAAUACCAGUGACACAAGUGAUAUUUGUUCACUGCCUAAGAACAAGCAAAAGACAAUCCUGCAGAUGUUUAAAAGCCCUGUUGCAGAGUAGAUCAGAGCCAUGGACACGUGGUGGAGUGGGAAUGGGAACUGGGGUGAUGUUCUCCUGUGUUAGGCAAAGCUUCCCUAAGCAGUUUGGAGUGGUUGCUUUGGAGGGGAACCACUUUGGGCAGCGGUGCUUUGAGUUCUGAGAGGUUUUAGUAACAUACACCCCCAGAAUGUAACAUUUUUUUAAUGGUUCUUUUCUUGAAUAUGAUUUUUCUAGCACUUGCAGCACUUCUUGCAGGAAUUGGAGCAUUUCUUACUUUCUAACUUGCAUUUGCACAGUUUGGAGUGUGAAUACUGGUAUUGUUGGAAAACGAUGACCUGAAAAUGAGAAUCUGAAGCCUUUAAUGGAAAAGAUGCAUGUUCCAUGGAGGAAACAAGUGAAAAAUGAGUCUGUAUUCUCAGCUGGCUGUCAGCUGGAAGGCUGAAACUUCCCUCAGCACCACCACUGUUCUGUAAAUUGAAGCAUGUUGCUGGAAUUCAGGCUGUUGCUGGAAUUACAUUGUUGGCACACCCAUUUACACCAGUGUAACCAGCCAGCCACUCUUUCCCUCUCAUAUGCUAACCCCUGCCUCGGACAAAGAGGAAAGAAACAAGUCAUUCUCCACUGCCAAAGGCAAGGAUCUUUCAUGGAUGCCAAGGCUUUGAGCUCCCAUUCACAUCUAUUCAUAGAGAUCCCUCCUGCAGAUCCCAUUUUCCCUGUUGUUAAGAACAAAAUACUUUUGUUUUCUUAUUGUUAAUGUUCUGCAACUUUAUUCUUGUAUAACAGUGUUACUAUAUUUGUUGCUGUUUAAUUUUCAUACUCAGAUUGGUUUGAGUGUGAUUAAAACAAUAGUACAGAAGCCA